AUGGCACUUUCCCCAGAGCAGCAGAGCCUCAAGACUCGUUUUGACGCGGAACUGGGCGCUGCAGCCUUUGACGAGUCGUGGUCCCGGAUGCUCAAACACUCACCAGAAAUGUUCGCUGCAGCACUGCGACUCACAGCCGUACCAAAGAAGACCAACCAUCUAUCACCCAAAACACAAGCUCUAAUUUCCCUUGCCGUAAGCGCAGCAGCCACACAUUUGCACGUGCCCAACAUCCACCGAUACACGCGGGCCGCCCUCGCAGCAGGCGCCUCGCAAGCCGAGAUUGUCGAAACACUAUGUCUGACAUCGACGCUCGGGAUCCACGCCUCCACCGUGGGCGUCCCCCUCCUCUUUGAAGUCCUCGAAGAGCGCGGCGAGGCCAUCCAAACAGGGCCGUCGGGCAUGACGCCGCAGCAACUAGCCCUCAAGCACGAUUUCGAAACCAAGCGCGGAUACUGGAACAAAAUGUGGGAAGAACAGCUACUCAUCGCCCCGGACUUCUUCGAUGCCUACACGGAAUUCAGCUCUGUGCCGUGGACGAAUGAGGGAGGUAAGGGCGUGCUCGAGCCCAAAGUCAAGGAACUGAUUUAUUGUGCGUUUGACUCGGCCGCCACACACAUGUACCAGCCGGGCCUCAAGCUGCAUAUGAGGAACGUGCUGAAUUACGGGGGCACAAAAGAGGAAAUCAUGGAGGUUUUGGAGUUGGCUACGCUGUUGAGUCUGAGUACGUUGGAUGUUGGGCUCGAGAUGUUGGAUAAAGAGUUGGCGAGGGAAUGA